AUGACAUUGGCCCACCCCACCCGUCUACACGGGCGAGGCAUGUCUGGCGGUGACUACCCUUUCGCCUUGACACGCCUCAUUGGUCCCGAUGCCUGUCCAAACUUUGCGUGGACUCGCAAUGUACCUAUUGCGGCAUUUGGUGCUGAUCCUCGUGGUGCGCAGAGUAUUUGUGGGAGGAUUGUGGAUGUGACCAAAAAGAUUCCUCGUGGACGAUUGGUUCUCUCCCCUGAUGCAUUGGAAGCCCUCGAGUUACCCUCCAGCACCAGCGUCCAUCUCAAAUGGGAUGAAGUCGCCUGCCCCAUCGAAGAUUCCAAGCCCAGUCUCGUUCAAAACCAACUCUCUAAACGUGAUCCAUCGGCUAUUGUGUACGAAUAUGAGUACGGUACCCUCCCCACGGACGUUCCCUUUGAGAAACUCGUUGAAGCCAUGAAUAACCCGGAACGAAACCAGCUUGUUAAACGUCAAAGUCCUGCUCCUUUCGAGACGCUUAAAAUCUUUAUUCAAGCUACUGAUGCGCCUUGUACGCGCACGACUACGACUUUGGCGACGACAACUGUUGAGACCACUACUACUACGGCUGUCGAAACCACCACUACAGAGGAAGUCACUCGGACGAUUACCAUUCCUGGUGGAAAUGAGGGCAGUACGCCUCCGACUCGCACCGUUCCAGCUACCUUGACAUCCAUCACGACCACCACAACAGCGGAAACGACUACAGUCGUUGAGACUACGUCUGCACCUGUUGAGACGACUACUACCACUACUGAGGCUGUGACUACUUCUUUGGAAACUACUACCACUGAAGAGGAGGUGACUCGUACCAUUACCAUCCCUGGAGGCAAUGAAGGCAGCACACCUCCCGCGCGUACCACAACGACCACCACUGAAACGACCAUUGCUGAGACAACCACUGUGGCCGAGACAACUACCACUACGGUGGAAACAACUACAGCAGAGACUACUACAACAGCCGAGACAACCACUGCCAUUCAAACUACUACCACUGAAGAAGAAGUCACUCGCACCAUCACUAUUCCUGGUGGAAAUGAAGGCAGUACACCUCCCGCGCGUACCACCACUGAAACAACCACUGCAGUAGAAACAACGACAGCAGAGACAACUACCACCGUUGAAACAACUACUGCAGAGGCAACGACAACUGCCGAGACAACCACCGCUGUUGAGACCACUACCACUGAAGAAGAAGUCACUCGCACCAUUACCAUCCCCGGUGGUAAUGAAGGCAGUACACCGCCCGCGCGUACCACGACCACUACCACCGUCGAAACAACCUCUGCAGCAGAAACAACUACAGCAGAGGCAACCACCACUACGGUGGAAACAACUACUGUAGAGACUACCACAACAUCCGAGACGACCACCGCUGUUGAGACCACUACUACUGAAGAGGAAGUAACUCGCACCAUUACCAUUCCAGGAGGCAAUGAAGGCAGUACACCUCCUGCUCGUACCACCACGACCACCACUGCCGUUGAGACGACCACCACUGCUGAAACGACCACUGCAGCAGAGACCACUACCACAACAGCUGAGACAACCAGCGCAGUCGAGACAACUACCACCACUGAAGAAGAAGUGACUCGCACCAUUACGAUCCCCGGUGGUAAUGAAGGCAGUACACCUCCUGCGCGUACCACUACCACCACUGCUGAAACGACCACCACAUCGGAAGCAACCACCACCACCACAGCAGUAGAGACCACCACUACUGAAGAAGAAGUUACACGAACGAUUACCAUCCCUGGUGGUAACGAAGGCAGUACACCCCCGGCCCGCACCACAACGACAACCACGUCAGUUGAGACCACUAGUGUGGAGACGACCACUGUCCCAACGGAAACCACGACGACUGCUCCUGCUGUGGAAACCACUACCACUACGGAAGAAGAAGUCACUCGCACCAUCACCGUCCCUGGUGGAAACGAGGGAAGCACACCUCCAUCUCGUUCUACCACCACAACAACAGUGAUCGAAAGCGAAACAACAACAACAACGCAAAUCAUCACAACCGAAACAACCACAACGGAAGCAACAGCCACAUUAACCAUCCCAGGUGGAAACGAAGGCAGCACCCCACCUACACGUACCACGGCACCUCCAACCACCACCAUAUCACCAACCCAAACCUGUCUCCCAGCCCUCCCCCCACCACCCCCCUCCGAAAACGCCUGCACAAGCACAUUAAGCAUCCUACCAAACUCAUUCCAAACAAACGCAGCCUACUCUCAAGUCACAUUCAACGUCACCCUCCAAAACACCGCACCAGUCCUAAACGGAUUCUGGGCCUCACUCCGAUUCUGUACACCCGAACCUUACAUUGAAGACCUCUCGGGUGCUCAACUCAUUGCGGGGAGUUUUAAAGCCCCUGGAAACCCAUUCUAUCUCUUGACCGCCACUCCCGAUUAUUUGAGCGCAGGGUGGAUGCUCGGUGAUCCCGCGAGAAGCUUUUUUGUUACCGUCAAGUGGCCUGUUACUUUGGAUAUCAGUGAUGGACGUGUCUUUGCGCCCUCAUUGACUGUGUGGUGUCCUGUUCGUACGGUCUUGGGAUGGGGACCCAAUGAUCCGUGAAAUUAAAACCUUACGCUGAAUAGGGGUGUACAUAGUGUUGGGUGAUAGUUAUGGCGAAAAAAACGUUGAGGAAAAACACCUAUGUGUUUUUUAUUGGUGUGAUUAGAGGCUUUUUGACAAAUACCCCUCUCUAGAAAAGAAAGUGUGUUUUUAUUUAUUUAUGGUGGAUAGUGUGGAGGGUAGAAAACCGAGGAAAAAAAAGGGAUAUAUGGAAAACCGCUAAAUAUGUACUUUUGGUAAUUAAAAACAAAGUCGUGUGUACCAGUUAAUGCUAGAA